CUUUUCUUUUUGUUUUAUGGACAUUUUUUUUUUCCGCCUCCCUCUUUUAUUUUUUUGUUGUUUUUGUUGUUUUCCGCUGCGCUUUUGUGGAGAUGUCGAAAUAAGAGACGGCGGCGUCUCCAUCCAGGGGCUCUCUCUCUCUCGCUCUCUUUUUCUUUUUUUCUUUUCUUUUUCUUCUUCUUUUUUUUCUCCAAUCUUUGUCGGGAAACUGCAAUCGGGAGGCUGUUGAAUUAACUCUCCUCCGGCCAAAUGUCGAGAGAGAGAAAACCCGGGGCUGAUUAAGCCCAGCGUCUUAGAAGAAGAAGAAGAAGAAGAAGGAGAAGAAGAAGAAGAAAACAGCAAUUUGUGCAAACUGUUUUAAUUUCCCGGGAAGUGAACAAUGAUGGACCGCCGGAGCUCGCAGUGAGACGUGCAGGAUGACUUCUUGUUUCGUGCCGAACGGGGCCAGCCUGGAGGAUUGCCAUUCCAACCUAUUCUGUCUGGCUGACCUGACAGGGAUCAAAUGGAAGAGGUUUGUCUGGCAGGGCCCUACCUCCGCACCCAUUCUCUUCCCGGUGACGGAGGAGGACCCCAUCCUAUGCAGCUUCAGCCGCUGCCUGAAGGCCGAUGUGCUGAGCGUGUGGCGCCGGAGCCAGCGGCAGGGCCGGAGGGAACUCUGGCUCUUCUGGUGGGGAGACGACCCCAACUUCGCCGACCUCAUCCACCACGAGCUCGCAGCCGAGGACGAUGGUCUGUGGGAGAACGGGCUUUCCUAUGAGUGUCGCACGCUGCUGUUCAAGGCCAUCCACAACCUGCUGGAGCGCUGCCUGAUGAACCGCAGCUUCGUGCGCAUCGGGAAGUGGUUCGUCAAACCGUACGAGAAGGACGAGAAGCCCAUCAACAAGAGCGAACACCUGUCAUGCGCCUUCACCUUCUUCCUGCACGGCGAGAGCAAUGUGUGCACCAGCGUGGAGAUCAACCAGCACCAGCCUGUCUACCACCUGACGGAGGAGCAUCUCACCCUGGCCCAGCAGGCCUCCAGCCCCUUCCAAGUGAUCCUGAGUCCGUUCGGUUUGAACGGGACCCUGACAGGUCAGUCGUUUAAGCUGUCGGACCCUCCCACCCAGAAGCUGAUAGAGGAGUGGAACCAGUUCUAUCCCAUCAGCCUCAGCGCCAAGGAGGGCGUAGCGGAGGACAAGACGGAGGACAUGGACUGGGAGGACGACUCGCUGGCCUCUGUGGAGGUUCUUGUCGGCGGCGUGCGGAUGGUGUACCCAGCCUGCUUGGUGCUGGUGCCCCAAUCCGACAUCCCCGUCGUGGCCCCUGUGGGGUCUUCCCACUGCACCGCUGUCUACUCGGGUGGCCACCAAGUGCCUGCUUCCCAGCGGGAGCCCGCCAUCUCCUCAGUGACCCUCACCCCUCCCACCUCGCCUGAGGAGGCACAGACGGUGGACUCCCAUUCAGCCCAGAAGUGGGUGAGGCUGUCUUCAUCGUCCGACGGCUUCAGCGUGGACAGCACCAGCCACCAUGGGGGCAAAAUCCCACGCCGGCUUGCCAGCCAUGUGGUGGAGCGCGUCUGGCAAGAGUGCAAUAUCAACCGAGCCCAGAACAAGCGGAAGUUUUCAGCCACAUCAAACGGUACUUGCGAGGAGGAGCCGAUGGAGAAAAUUGGAGUCUGGGAUUUUGUGGAGCCUUCGCAAAGGUCUUACUGCACCUGCUCUAGAUAUAAAUCGGUAAAACAGCGAACGGGCAGCACACCAGGCCAAGCACAGUCGGCAGGCCAGGCCUCCCAGCCCGCCACCAAGCACAAGGCCGGGGGAGAGAAGCCGGAAAAGGGAGACAAGCAGCAAAAAAGACCCCAGACGCCCUUCCACCACCGCAGCCUGGCCAGCGACGACGCCUCCAUGGACACCGAGGCGACGGCCGGGCAGAGGCUGGCCAUGAGGGGCCAAGACGGGGGAAGAUUCCCCAGCAUCCGCCCCACCGAUGUGUCCGCCAUCCCAAAGCCCCCUCAGCUCCACAGCGGCACCAUUGGCACGGGGCCAUCAGAGCAGGCUAGCUCCCCUCAACCCCCACCACUCAGCCCCCACCCUUGCGAGCGCAGCGAGGAUACGGGAGAGGGUAUGAAGAACCCUUCCACCCCCAACAGUCAACACUUCUACCAGCCACCCCCGGAGCCCUGCCUUGUAGGGGUGAAGGGCGGCGGUGAGGAGCCCGGUGGGCUCGAGGGUCUGACCCAGCACUUCCUCCACCACCCCAACCACCCACACACAGGGGUGGCGGCCUUCCCCGAGCCCCCGGAGCCCACUUUGUAUGUGGGCCCAGCAGUCAACUUAGAGGAGGACAGCUCUCAUGCCCCCUGGAGGUUCUUCAACCUGCCCCGCAGGAAAGAAGCUGAGCUGCCAACACUGCAGCUGCCUGGGGACAAGCUGAGAGACGAGUCGUCGACGUCACAGGACAACCUGGUGUCCGUCACCGAGCUUAUGUCAACAACCCAUCGCCCACUGAAAGUGUCCGAAGAGCGUGUUCAGAUGUAUCGGGUCAGGCAGAACCAGUACCUGUCCGCCGCCAUCAGCGACGGUGACCACGAGCCAGAGGUGGACCCUUAUGCCUUUGAGGAAGGAGAUGUCAAAUUCACUUUCUCCAACAAGAAGGACAAAGUGGGCUCUGAGCGUGAGGCCGGCAAGAAACACAAGGGAGAAGACGGAAGCUCGGGUUCAUCAGACGAUGCCCAGCGGGCAGCCGCCCACAACCGCAUGGCCUCCACCAGCCUGAUCUACGAGACGGACCUUGUGGUGUCCAUCAAUGACCUGGACAACCUCUUCAACUCAGACGAGGAUGAGCUGGUGCCCGGUUCCAGGCGAGCGGUGAAUGGAACGGAUGACAAAUUCGGCACUAAGGAACCAAAGCCGGCCACCCUGGACCCUGUGUCCUGCAUCACGGACCUCCACCAGAUGUUCCCCACACCCCCCUCCCUGGAGCAGCACAUCAUGGGCUACUCCCCCAUGAACAUGUGCAGCAAGGAGUACAGCAACCUGGAGUCCACCCCUGGCAUGACCACGCUGGACGGCACCUCCUCCCUCGGGGGCCACUUCAGAAUCGAGGUGGAGGAGAGCUUCUGCAGCCCCAAGCCUUCUGAGAUCAAGGACUACUCUUUUGUCUACAAGCCAGAGCUGUGCCAGGCAUUUGUUGGCUGCUCCAUGUUCGCUCCUCUGAAGAUGUUGCCCAGCCAGUGUCUGCCGCCCAUCAAGCUGCCGGAGGAGUGCAUAUACCGGCCGAGCUGGACCAUGGGCAGGGAGAUGCUCAACCCUGUGCCUGUCAUGACCUUUCUCAACAAGGACUGCAACAUCCCCAGCGUAGGCAGCACUAUGGACCAGGACUACAGCCAGAGUUACACCCCACAGACGCACACGCCCUUUAUGUCCAACAGCGCGCCGCCCAGUAACAGCGGCGCGGGCAUCCUCCCUUCCCCAGCAACGCCGCGCUUCUCGGCCCCCACGCCGCGUACGCCCCGCACCCCACGAACUCCCCGGGGGCCCGCCAGCGUCACGGGCUCACUCAAGUACGAGAACUCGGACCUGUACUCGCCGGCGUCCACCCCCUCCACCUGCCGACCGCUCAACUCCGUGGAGCCCGCCACGGUGCCCUCCAUCCCCGAGGCCCACAGCCUCUACGUCACCCUCAUCCUUUCCGAGUCAGUCAUGAACCUCUUCAAAGACUGCAAUUUCGACAGCUGCUGCAUCUGCGAGUGCAACAUGAACAUCAAGGGUGCCGACGUGGGGGUGUACCUGAGCGACCCCAUCGGCGAGGCCCAGGUCCCCUGCAGUUGCGGCUUCAGUGCCGUGGUCAACCGCCGCUACGGCAACAGCUCGGGCCUCUUCCUGGAGGACGAGCUGGACAUCAUUGGCCGUGGCUCGGACAGCAGCCGCGAGGCGGAGAAGCGCUUUGAGGAGCUACGGCUCUCCUCACUGGAAAGGACUGGGUCGGGCAAAGGGGAGCACGUUCCUGACGAGCUCAUCCUGCUCCUGCAGGACCAGUGCACCAACCCCUUCUCACCAGUCUCCAGCCUGGAACAUGAAGGACCGCCGCGGGGGCUGGGCGGGGUCCCGGCACCGCCCUGCGUGAGGGUGGAGGAGCGUGACUACCAUAGCGACUGCUACAUGGCCCUGGAGCAUGGCAGGCAAUUCAUGGACAACAUGUCAGGGGGCAAGGUGGACGAGGCGCUGGUCAAGAGCACCUGCCUGCACCACUGGGCCAAACAAAAUGCAGUGGACGUGAGUGCACUGUGCUCUCAGGACGUGCUGCGGGUUCUCAUGUCCCUGCAGCCGGUACUACAGGACGCCAUCCAGAAAAAGAGGAUGGUGCGCUCAUGGGGCGUCCAGGGACCUCUCACCUGGCAGCAGUUCCACAAGAUGGCUGGCCGGGGCUCCUACGGUACAGAUGAGUCCCCUGAGCCGCUGCCUAUCCCGACCUUCCUGGUGGGGUACGAGUAUGAUUUUGUGGUGCUGUCUCCGUUUGGCCUUCCCUACUGGGAGAAGCUGCUGCUAGACCCGUUUGGCUCCCAGCGGGACGUCGGGUACCUGGUGGUGUGUCCCGACAAUGAGGCCCUGCUGAGCGGAGCCAAGAGCUUUUUCCGAGACCUCACUGCUGUCUAUGAGUCAUGUCGACUGGGACAGCAUAGGCCUAUUUCGAAAGGCCACCCUGACGGCAUAGUACUCGUGGGCAGCACUGCGGCUAAGAAGCUAGCAGAGCAACCGGUGAGCGACUGGUUCCUCAAGGCUGCCAGCAGCAAUGACGACGCCUUUACUAAGCUCAAACUCUAUGCACAAGUGUGCCGCCAUGACCUCGCUCCCUACCUUGCCUCACAGCCAUUGGAUGGCUCCCUUUUAACGCAGCCCAGUCCCCCAUUCUCAUCUAAUCAGUCGCCAUCCUCACAACUGUCAAACACCUCCAUCUCCUCCGGCUCAGCUGGCCAGCAGGGAUCAGUGACCUCUGGAGGUUCCUCCCUCUCCAGCAGCAGCAGUAGUGGCCCGCCUGGCAACAGCUCUAGUUCAACCAAUGGUGCCAACAGCUUGGUGGCAUCCUCAGGCCAGCAGGGUGGUGGAAUGUCGUCGUCCAAGCCCACCUCUUUCCCUCCUUUUGGGAGCAUGGGCGGCCAGGGUCAAGGAUGUGGCCCCCAGAGCGGACAGCUGGGACAGCAGGCUGGUACCCAGAACACUGGCACCUCAGGGGACAACUCCAGUAACCAGGCCCAGGGGCCCAUCGAACCUCCGGAAAGUACCUUGGAACGAGAGAAGGUAGGCGUGCCUACAGAUGGGGAUUCCCAUGCCAUUACCUACCCACCAGCCAUUGUGGUUUACAUCGUGGACCCUUUUAGUUAUGAGGAGGUCGAAGGAGGCCCAGGCCCAGUGCCAGCCCACUCGAGCGUGUGGACGCUGGGGCUGCUGCGCUGCUACCUGGAGAUGCUUCAGUUUCUGCCCCCACACAUCCGCAACUCCAUCUCCGUACAGAUCAUCCCCUGCCAGUACCUGCUCCAGCCGGUAAGAGGAGAGGACCGCCACAUAUACGCCCAGCAUCUCAAGUCUCUAGCCUUCUCGGUCUUCGCCCAGUGCCGACGGCCGCUGCCCACCUCAACCAACGUCAAGUCACUUACGGGUUUUGGCCCCGGGUUGGCCAUCGACACAGCACUUAAGAGCCCAGAGAGGCCAGAGUGUCUGCGUCUGUACACACCUCCCUUCAUACUGGCGCCAGUGAAGGACAAGCAGACGGAGCUUGGGGAGACAUUUGGCGAGGCAUCCCAGAAGUACAACGUGCUGUUUGUUGGCUAUUGUCUGUCCCAUGACCAACGCUGGCUCCUGGCUACCUGCACUGACCUGUAUGGGGAGCUUCUGGAGACAUGCAUCAUCAGCAUCGACGUGCCCAACAGGGCGCGGAGGAAAAAGGGGUCUGCUCGGAGGCUAGGUCUGCAGAAGCUUUGGGAUUGGUGCUUGGGGCUGGUGCAGAUGACGUCGGUCCCUUGGAGGGUGGUGAUUGGCCGGCUGGGCAGGAUAGGGCACGGGGAACUAAAAGACUGGAGUAUUCUGCUGAACCGGAGAAACCUCCAGUCUCUGAGUCGCCGCUUGAAGGAGAUGUGUCGCAUGUGCGGCAUCUCCGCCUCAGACACUCCCAGCAUCCUCAGCGUAUGCUUGGUCGCCAUGGAGCCCCAGGGAUCCUUUCUCAUCAUGCCAGACUCGGUGUCGACAGGCUCGGUGUUCGGCCGCAGCACAACGCUAAACAUGCAGACGUCGCAGUUGAGCACGCCGCAGGACACAUCCUGCACCCACAUCCUGGUGUUCCCCACCUCUGCCUUCGUCCAGGUCGCCAACUCCAACUACACCAGCAUCGACACCAACAUCGACAUCCUCAACGCCACCACUGAUGGGUCCGAUGCUAUGGGGAUCAUUGACCUGCUGGACCAGGAGAACGAGCUGGUGGACCCGGACAUCAUCAACAUCUCACCCAACACCUCGCCGGGCCAAAUUACAGACCGCAUGGAAUCGCCCAACCUGCUGCAGCAGCCCCUGGCCCUGGGCUACCUGGUCUCCACGGCCAAAGCCGGCCCACUCCCUGACUGGUUCUGGUCAGCGUGCCCACAAGCUCAGCACCAGUGUCCACUCUUCCUCAAGGCCUCUUUGCACCUCCAUGUGUCUUCAGUGCAAUCAGAUGAACUACUGCACAGCAAACACUCCCAUCCCCUCGACUCCAAUCAGACCUCAGACGUACUCAGAUUCGUGUUGGAGCAAUACAAUGCCCUCUCCUGGCUGACGUGCGACCCGGCCACACAGGACCGGCGUUCCUGCCUGCCCAUCCACUUCGUGGUGCUCAACCAGAUGUACAACUUCAUCAUGAACAUGUUGUAACCAGCAAAUGGCCUGCACGGGCCGCAGAGGCGCGUUGGGACAGCAGGGUGAGAGCAGCUACUCCAGAGGGGCGCUCGCUGUGACGGCGGAAGACGGCGAGAGCAACGCCAAGAGUGUGGAGCGCGAUCUGGCGCGAGACUGAGUCAGAGGACUGCUGCCAUAGUGGCAGUGCUGUCCCUAUGUGUGUGUGAGAGAGAGACAGACAGACACACACACACACACACUGAAAAGGAAAGGAAGAGGUGAAAAGCAGUACUGGAGUUAUAAUUAAUGAAAGUGAGAGGAUGACAGAAUGGUUGCCAUGGUAACUCCUGUGGCAGCACAGUCAUUGGCCAGUCUGUGAUGGAGAAUCAUGUCUGUAUUUGUAAAGUUCUCGGAAGAAAAGGGACAUAUUUGAUUGGAGGAAGAAAAAAAAAACCCCAGUCAAGAAUGGAUCUUUGGUUUUAAGACCUGAAAUUCCUUUUUAUUCCUUUGGAUGAAAUUGUAUCCAAAUGAAAUGCCUGCAUCUAUCUUAUUUAUUGUAAGUUUUUAAAUGUAUAAUUUGUCUUAUUUCUUAACCUCUUUUAUAUAUAAAAAAUGGAGAAGGUUUAUAUCACCUUCCGGCUUUUAAGCAAUUGGUCUAAGAUAUAUGUAAUCGUCUUAAUUAAAAAAACAACAGGAGAAAAAUCCCAUAAAAAUGAGAAAGUGGCAGUAGGUUGUUUUUAGAGUAUUAUUUUUUGUAACGGAGACAGAAUAUUUGUAUUGUUACAAUGUACAGAAGAAUUAGAUUGGAGAAUUAUCUUCAUGCCUUUGAGCGUGGAGGACUUACAGCAAAGCUGUAGCUACAGAGGACUUGUACAGCAAAGAAGUUCACUGUGUUCAAAUAAAGAGGUACAUUGUCGUAUAUAGUAUUUUAUACCACACAUUUAGACACAAAAACCAAACGGCAAUAUAUAUAAAUAAUUAUAUAUGAAUGCCAUGCCAGCGAUUGGUGGUGCGGCUUCUGUUUUAGGAAUAAAGUACG